CCACCAACAUGACCAAUCAGAACACACCUGAAUACCUCAACAAGAUCAAGAUUGUUGUAUGUCUGUGGACUGAAGAUAGCGCUAAACAAAGUACCAUUUGUAGUUAACAGUAUAUAUUAUAACUUUAGCCCUGGCAGAAUUGUAAACACACCAUACCAUGUAACUUAGGCAGUCCUUGCAGCAGUGGGCAUUAAAUAGAAUACCCGCACCUGCUGGGAAUGUAACCAGAUCGCUUCAUAGCACUUUGACCGUUAGCUAUGCAACCACUGUCAGUAGGUACUGUAUGUACCACAGCCUAUGAACUUAUCAUCCACUUUUCCUGACAAAAGUGUUGGGUAUAAUAUGAUGUAACAUUUUCAUAUCUCUCCCCCUCCUCCCAGCUCUCAGUACUGAAGGAUCAAUACUGUAUGAUACUGUGUGAGACGGAAUUGAACCACAAACAAGUCAAAGCCUUCAGUCAGAGAAUUGACGAGGACUACACUUUACACAUGCUGGCAGACAACCUGCCGGCAGCCACAGUGUUCAAGAACCUAAAGAGUGGAGAGCUGCAGUACGAGGACGGGUUCAAACUCGGGUUCUCCUACACGAGUCACGUCGUCAUUAACAACCACCUCAAGAUCAGGAUCAAGUACCACGCGGUCCCCAAUGUUUGCAAUGUUUGGAAUGUUGUCUCCAGCCAGUCGAGGAGCUCUAAUGACAGCCGCCAUUGUUCUCUUCAUGUUCAUGGGAGCGGCUGCAGGCUACCACGCUGCCAGACUCUACAAGACCCUGAAAGGCUCCGACUGGAAGAAGGGAGCUCUUCUGACUGCCACUCUCUAUCCCUCCAC